AUGGAUUUUAAAUCUUUGCUCAAUGCAGCGAAUAAGAACGCAAAAAAGGCGAACAAAACGCUGAAUGAACUGGAAUCGGAGGUGCACAAGGAGAAAAACAGUGUCCGGGAUCAGUUAGAAGCCGAAAAAAGGGCUCGAGCCGAGAUUUUGAGGCGGAAAGCCGAGCAGAAAAAGGCUGCUGACAAGAGGAAAGAAGAGGAACGGGCUAAAGUUGGUAUUUUGGAUAGAAAUACGCGUGAAUUUUUGAAAAUUAUGGUUUUGCUGCUUUUUCGUAAUCGCUUAUGAUGUUUCCUACUUACCUGAAAUGAUAAAAAUGAAAGAACAUGAAAAAUAAACCAAUAAAAAGAAUAACAACAUUGCAAAACAAAAUACGGAUUUUCCUUUGAAAUCUCGAUUAUUUUUCAGAGUUUCGUGAUCCCGAAGAAGAAAGACGAAGGGACAGUGGAUCCGAACAAGGUCAAGGCCUAUUUCGAGCGGCAAGAGCAGGAGAAACGCGAAAAAGCCAAACAGGCAGAAGUCGAGAAAGAACGGCUGAUGAAGCUCAGAAUGCAGGCGCAUGGCGGAAAGGUAAUUUAAAAAUAAAUUGGAAGGUAAAAAAUAUAUUUUGAGGCGACGAAGAAGCUCGGGAAGCAUUUCGGGUUGAAUCCGAUCGAUUUGCAAAUUCGCUUCGGCGGAAACAAUGAACAUGUUGAGACGCUACAGAAACGGCAAUGGAGGGAAGAGGUUCGUUUUUUUCUCUGACUCUUCAAAAAUUCAGUUAUCUUUUUUUCUUUCUCUCAAUGAUAAAUUCAGUUCGGCGGAAUUAUUUUUAAUAAGGCAUUUUUUCAAAAAUCGUAUUUAGUACAAUUUUUAAGGUAUUUUUAUAUUUGUUUAUAGGGCAUCUUUUUUUAAAAAAAUCGUCUACUUAUUUGAAAAAAAAAGGUAAAAAUUCCAAUUACCGAAAAAAAAACCAUCGUUUCAAGACCAAUUUCGUGAAAUUUCCAUACCUUUUAUGCCGUGUUCAAAGUUAUUCCGCGAAAUUAUCUCUGACUCUCCAAAAUUCAGUUAUCUUUCUUUCUCUCUAACGGCUGUUUUGGAUUUCGCUUUUUUCUACACGUUGUCAACGUCGAAAAAAAUUUUUUUUUCUAUUUUUUCAAUCCGGUUAAAUAUUGGUUUUCUUUUUUCAGGAAGAACUGGACAGAGAAGCCGAUCGGUACCGAAAUGGAGUUUUCAAAGCGCUUCAGACCAAAAAAAAGGUCGAAGAACAGGUUUCGUCGCUUUUUUGUUCAUUAUAUAACUAAUUUCAGGUUAAUUUUGUUGAAAAAUUUCGAAAUGAAGAGCUUUUUGAAGGUUUUUAUAGUUCAAACGGUUGUAUAGUCAAUGUUUCCCGACUUGAAAGGUGAUAUGGGCUGGUUGGCAAGGGCGAGGUGUUGCGUGUGCGACGCGGCUUGUUGGCGGCGAGCCAAAAUUCAAAUGUGGGAGACAAUUUGGAGAGUUCGGCCACCGCUUUUUUUAUUUCCUUUUUUUCUUUUUUUCUUAUUAUGUUUUUUUAUAAUGUUUUUCGAUUUUUAUUUCCUCAAUGUAAUAUUGUAAGCGAACACCUUUUUCAGUCUGUUUUUGCAUAGAAUGUUUCUCAAACGUGCUGCGAAACGUGAAUCAUUUUCGGAAAAACUUAUCGGUGGUUUUUUUGUUUCUUUCGUAUUUGCUGAACUUCUCAAUUUCAAACCUCUAACAUUUUUUUAUAAUUUUUUUCCAUUAUGUUUGAUUGCAGGUGGUGAGCAGAGAAAGAAUGAGUGAGAAGCUAUGGUGUUUGAAAGAAAACACUUCGUUGAUGGCAAACAGGUUUGUUUCAAUUUUUUUGUUGAAAUUUCUCAUUGUCAUUUUUUUCAGCAUUUUUAUAGAGCGGCAUCAAUAUAAAGAAGUUUUUACAGAAUAG